UUACUGACAGUUAGUGGUAAUGGUGUUGUGAUUUAAUGAUUUUUUCGUUAUUUUCAUUAACUAUUGUUUUUGAAAAUCAAGUGAAGUUUUGAAAAGUGAGAGUUGUUGUUAUAAAACAUUUUUAAUAUUUUACAAUGGUGUGAAAUAGUGUGUUGUCAUUCCACAAUAAGAGCAUUUCUCCUGUUCACUCAUCCUUUAAAAGUAAGAUGCUUUUUGUGAACUGAAAUAAUGAUUUUGUUCUUUAACACAUUAAUAAACAAGAACUUCCGCUUACUUAUUUACACACCUGCUAGACUGAGAUUUUUUUAGAGUGUUAAGAUGCCUUAUAGAGCUUCUAGAAGACAAUAAAAGCAAAAAGUAAGAAUGGGUGAUUUUACUGUAGAAUCACCUCCUAUCCAGGAAAGCCUCCUACCAGAUACCAGUCAAGACUCAGAUGUAGACUCUUCUCAUAGUGUCUGCUCUGGGUCUGACACUCAAAGUGGACACACUUCUUUGUCUGGGCUGACAGAAAAAUCAUAUGGUGGAGGAACAGUCACUGGCCCAGUAGAAUGUUCCAAUGCUGUCCUGGUGUCAGCUGCAAUAUCUGAUUCUGAUAGCAAAUUUGGAAGUGUCAGUACAGCCAGUUCAUCAGUAAGCAGAGGCACCCUUUUACCCUGGGUUGUAACAAAAGACCGACAGUCUGUUCUUGCCCCCAAUAUUGACAUGGAACUGAGACCUGGGGAGUUUGUAAUGAGAAGCCUGUUUGCUGAAUUUACUGUGCAAGCAGAAAAGAAGAUUGAAGCUGUUAUGGUGGAACCUCAGGAAAAACCAAUAUCAAAGACGUUACAAAGGGGAGAAGACAUGCAAUUUGAUCAAUUACUCAGUGCUUUUGGCUCUGUGGCAGAACACUGCUUGCCAUCCCUUUUACGUACCCUUUUUGCUUGGUAUGAAAGACAAAUGUCUGAAACUCCCGGAACUGAGCAGAAGAAAGUGGACCAAAAAGGAAAAAGUAUUAUGAACAUUGUUUCUGGAAGUACUUCAGAAACUGUUGAGAGAAGUGAGGCUGACAUUCAACAGGAAAGACGGGACUUGGCUGUGGAGUUCAUUUUUUGCCUGGUCCUUAUUGAAGUCCUCAAACAAUUAUCUUUCCAUCCAGGUCAUGAAGAUCUCGUUCAGCAUAUUGAAAAUUUAGCCUUCAGGCAUUUUAAAUACAGAGAGGGAGUUCAGACUGGUCCAAAUUCUGCCAACAUUCAUAUAAUAGCUGAUCUGUACGCCGAAGUAAUAGGGGCACUUGCGCAGUCGAGAUUUAUGUCUGUUCGUAAACGUUUCAUGGCUGAGCUGAAAGAGUUACGAUCAAAAGAACCGACUCCUCAUACCACCCAAAGUAUCAUAAGCUUAUUGAUGGGGAUGAAGUUCUUCAGAGUAAAAAUGGUACCUAUUGAAGAGUUUGAAGCAUCUUUUCAAUUCAUGCAAGAGUGUGCACAGUAUUUUCUGGAAGUUAAAGACAAAGAUAUAAAACAUGCUUUGGCAGGGUUGUUUGUGGAGAUCCUAGUCCCUGUGGCAGCAACUGUGAAAAAUGAAGUGAACGUGCCAUGUCUUAAAAAUUUUGUCGAAAUGUUGUAUUCUCAAACACUGGAUGCUAGUACCAAAUCUAAACACCGUUUAGCACUCUUUCCUUUGGUGACUUGUCUCCUGUGUGUGAGUCAAAAGACAUUUUUCCUUCAGUAUUGGCACUAUUUUUUGGCCAUGUGUCUAUCGCACCUGAAAAAUAGAGAUCCCAAAAUGAGCCGUGUGGCCUUAGAAUCCCUGUAUCGUUUAUUAUGGGUGUACAUGAUUCGAAUAAAGUGCGAAAGUAACUCAGCUACACAGUCACGUCUUCAGAGCAUCGUAAACUCUUUAUUUCCAAAAGGGUCAAAGGGUGUAAUUCCCCGUGAUACUCCCCUUAACAUAUUUGUGAAAAUUAUCCAAUUUAUCGCACAGGAACGUCUUGACUUUGCGAUGAGGGAGAUAGUCUUUGAACUUUUAUCUGUUGGACGUCCAAUUAAAAUUAUUCUGACACCUGAACGUAUGAGUAUUGGACUCAGGGCAUUUCUGGUGGUUGCUGAUAGUCUCCAACAAAAGGAGGGCGAGCCCCCAAUGCCAAGAAGUGUUGGAGUUUUACCCAGUGGAAACACUUUACGUGUACGCAAAACAUUCUUAAAUAAAAUGCUAACCGAAGAUACGGCUAGAAGUAUUGGGAUGAGCGCGUACUUCCCCCACGUGAGACGUGUCUUUGUGGAUAUUUUGCGAGCCCUUGACUCUCAAUACGGUCGUCCCUUGAUGAUGACCAGUACUCAAAACGUUAACAAAGAACCGGACGAGAUGAUAACAGGCGAACGAAAACCAAAAAUUGAUUUAUUCCGUACAUGUGUGGCUGCUGUUCCAAGAUUAAUUCCUGAUGGUAUGACUGGCGCCGAACUAGUCGAUUUAUUAUCUCGAUUAACCGUCCACAUGGAUGAAGAACUUCGUGGUUUGGCGUACCAAAGCUUACAAACUUUGGUGAUUGACUUUCCGGAUUGGCGACAAGAUGUUCUUUGGGGUUUCACCCAGUUUCUGGCAAGAGAUGUACUUGAUACUUUCCCACAACUGGUCGACAAUGGUCUUAGGAUGCUGCUACAACUGUUGACUGCCUGGAAGAAUACAUUAACAUCGAAUGCUGGCACUCUAACCAACAGUAUGCGAUUAGGUAAAGAUUCUGGUGAUCUAACUAAAUCUGUUUUUCGCGAAUUGGGAGGCACAAAAAAGCUUGAUACUACCCAGAAACCUGAACCUCUAUCGUCUGUUCUUCACCUGGUCGAAGCCUAUGCGUUGGUGAUGUUGUGUAAUGUUCGCUUGUCUCCUCGUCGUCUUUCAGUACAUAUUCUGAAGGACGUUAAAUAUUUAUUAAAGACACUCAAUUGUUCUGAUGAUCAACCUAUUAUCGAUGUAAUUGAUCGAUCGUGUUCACAAGUGAUCGAGAAAUGCUUUCCCCAUUUGCCAGCCACCGAAAAAGCGGCCGCCCAAAGUGUGGCGAACGUUGACUUGCAAUGGCUGGCUGACAGGAGUGCCUGCGUGUGGACUGCAGGCUUACAUGAAGAUGGUAACGCCGUUAAAAAUACAUCAGGGUUUAAUUUAACGUCUGCAGAUCCGUGGAGUAUUUGUUUGUUUGGGUUCCUUGAAAAAGACAGGAUUUUGGGAGUGUGUCAUGCUGCCGUUACACAUUCAUGGCCCAUCGUAUUUACCAGGGUUAACACAUUGUUUCCUGUUAUCGAUCCCACGCCUGUUAAUGAUAAUCGUGCCUCGCUUUUACGAAGUUCUACCAAUGUGAAGAAGACUGUUAAUGAACGAGACAUUUAUAUUCAUCUGUGGAAGAACUAUGUUACUUUUGCUUUUCGAGUUGUUCCGCCUAUUCCUAAUCCAAUAGUUCGUUGCGCAAGUCCAGAUUUAAGUUUGAGGUAACAUCCUUUUUUGCAGUUUGUCUACUUAUUUUUAUUUACUUGUUAUAUAUUUAAAUGUAUUUGUCUUUAUCAAC